AUGAAGCUCCUUGUACUCCUCACCCUGGCAACAGCCUCUCUGGCUCUGCCUGGCAAGAGAGCCAUCAACGCAUACACCAAAGCUGGCCCCUCGGACUCACGCAGUCCGUGCCCUAUGCUGAACACGCUCGCCAACCACGGUUACUUGCCACACAGCGGCAAGAACAUCACCAUCCAGAACAUCGCCGACGCCAUCUUCGCCGCGACCAACUGGAACCAGGACUUCGGCACGCUGGCGGGCAACAACGCCUUCGGGCGGCUGGGCAAGACCACGAUUGACCUAAUAGAGCUCGACACCGUGACAGGCACCGAGCACCCGGCCUCGCUGACGCGGCUCGACAUGCCCGCCGACAGCAAUGACGUCAACCCCGCGCGCCUCAACGCCUUCCUCGCCGACAGCAAGUCCAACUACAUCACGCUGGCCUCGAUGGCCCACAGCCGCAACCGCGUCGAGGCGCUGUCACCAACUCUGUCGGACGCGGACGCGGCGGCCGGGCUGGGCGAGGCUGGCCUUCUGCUUCUGCUCAUGAUGGAUACCGCUAUCCCCGCUGCCGCCGCUGGCUAUGAUUACUCCACCCUACAGGCGCCGAAGGACAGGGUCCGGGUCUGGCUGCGCGACGAGAGGUUCCCCGCCGCUGAGGGCUGGACGCCGUCGGUGCGUGAGGUCGAGAUCGCGGACUUGGGAUCCGUGAGUGAUGCCCUUACUAAGGCCCAGGGCGUGGAUGCUGCAUCGCCGGGUCCGUAUGGCGAGGGCGUGUAG